CAACAAACGCUCAUUAUCCCGCUGUGUCGUCACUUUUAUGGGGAGAUAGGGGUGUGUUAUCUUGUAUCUUGCGCACAGCCAGGCGAGGUUGGAGAACCAGGCAGAGCAACAAGCCAGAGCGUCACUUGCUGCAGGAUGUGAUGCGCAUCUGACACCAUGACGGACAGGGACGAAGACGAGCGGGACUGCAGAGCUCUUUCUCCAGAGGAUCUUUCCAGUCUGAGGUCAGAAGAAUGAUGCUCAGUCCUGACCAGCCUGAGUCCGACCUGCCCUGGGGACAAACAGACACAGAGACCCUUCUGGACACUUUCAAUGUGCAGUGUGGGUCUGUGCCAGCUGAACCUAAGGAUGGAGAGGGCAAGGCGCGCUCCUUGCACGUGCCCAACCUCAGCAGAGAGGAGAAGAGGAGGAGGAGGCGCGCCACAGCUAAAUAUCGAUCAGCCCACGCCACCAGAGAGCGUGUCCGUGUGGUAGCCUUCAACAUGGCCUUUGCAGAGCUGAGAAAACUGCUCCCAACACUUCCACCAGACAAGAAGCUGUCCAAGAUUGAGAUACUGCGACUGGCGAUUUGUUACAUCUCCUACCUCAACCAUGUGCUGGAUGUUUAGGACCAACGGGAGGACUGAGGCAGGAUGUUUGGAGGAACGAUACUGGAUACUGAUACCAGGAGAUCUGAGGAAUGCUCAAAUAAUAAGAUUAUAAGGUUCUAUUAAACUAAUAUCACAUUGCCGACUACUGUAUACAUACCAAUUACAGUGAUGUCACACUGAUUUUUUUUAUCAUGGGAAACAGUUGCAGGACUACAGACACACUGUCAUCUAAAAGAUGAAAAGACGUAUGUAUUUGUGUCGCCAAACUACUAAAACAUUGCAGUGC